GAUGCGGGCGGAAGUCGCGCUUCGGUGACGUCAGUGCAGCGAGAUGCUGUGGCGGGCGCGUCAUCACACGUCCCAGCGCCGCCGGGUGGCGGGAGAAUUGAGUGUGCCGGAUGGGGGCGGGGCCGGCGGAGAUCCCUGAGGCAGGUGAUCUCGCCCUGCUGGAAGUAGCGCGCCGCUGCCGCUGUCAUGGGGAUUCAGGGGCUGCUGCAGUUCCUCAGGGAGGCCUCCGAGCCCGUCAGUGUCAGCAAGUACCAGGGGCAGACCGUGGCCGUGGACACCUACUGCUGGCUGCACAAGGGCGCCUUCGCCUGUGCCGAGAAGCUGGCCAAGGGGGAGCCCACCGACCAGUACGUUAGCUACUGCAUGAAGCUUGUGCAUAUGCUCGUGUCACAUGGCGUCAGGCCCAUUCUGGUGUUCGAUGGAUGCACUUUACCUUCAAAGAAAGACGUUGAAAGAACCAGGCGAGAGAAGCGGCAGGCGAAUUUGCAAAAGGGGAAACAGCUGCUGAGAGAAGGCAAACUAUCCGAGGCCAGAGAUUGCUUUUCACGCUCUAUUAACAUCACCUCUGAAAUGGCUCACGAAGUCAUUAAAGCUGCUCGCUCUGAAGGCGUGGAUUGCAUUGUUGCUCCAUAUGAAGCGGAUUCCCAGCUGGCGUACUUGAAUAAAAAUGGUUUUGCACAGGCAAUUAUUACAGAAGACUCCGACCUUCUCACUUUUGGAUGUAGAAAGGUCAUUUUAAAAAUGGACAAACUUGGAAAUGGUUUAGAGAUUGAUCAGGCGCGCUUCGGGAUGUGCAAACAACUCGGAGACGUAUUCACGGAGGAGAAAUUCCGCUACAUGUGCAUACUGUCCGGCUGUGACUACCUUCCUUCCAUCCACGGAAUUGGUUUAGCCAAAGCAAGUAAACUUCUGAAAAUUGCGAAUAACCCGGAUAUAAUACAGGUUAUUAAGAAGAUUGGGCAGUAUCUGAAAGCCAAUAUAACGGUUCCCGACGGAUACAUAGAGGGUUUUACACGUGCAAAUAAUACAUUUCUGUAUCAGUUGGUCUUUGAUCCUGUAAAACGAAAACUAGUUCCUCUAAAUCCAUAUGAAGAUGGUAUUGACCCAGAAGAAUUAAGUUACGCUGGGCCUAACAUUGGAGAUUCAGCUGCUUAUCAAAUCGCUCUCGGAAACAAGGAUGUCAACACAAUGAAACAAAUAGAUGACUACAAUCCUGAUGUUGCACAGUCCUCUAAGCUGAAGAGUCACAGCUGGAACAAGAAGAUCUCAGACUCGGGCAGCAUCUGGCGGGGUAAAUACACAGCUUGUGCAAUUGUCACACCUGAGGGGAAACCGAAAACAGAGAAGGCCAACCGUCGGGGGUUAAUACUGCCAAGUAAUCAGCACCCUGCCAAAAGGCGACAUGAAGAUGGGGUUUCUGAAUCUGAUCUCUUCAGCCAGUACACAUUUCUCCAGAACAAGAAGCAGCGAAAAGAAUGUGACAAACCGCUGAAGAUUUCUAGUCCAAGUGUCUUGAAGCCGCUAGACGGCCGUGCUAAUAGCGCGGCGUUACAGCCCAAAGCGGGCGGAACUGUUCUGACUUUCUUGCAAAGGAGAAACAAACAGUGCAAGUCGGUCUCUGUCCCCGGGACUCGCAGCAGGUUUUUUUGCCAGCCUUCGGAGCUUGUCGGCUCCUCCUCUGUGGACCCUGUGCUGGCGGUGACAGAUGGCUGUGGUGAGCCCUGCCGAAUAAAUCCGAAAGUGGAAACAACUGAAGACAACGAGGAGGAAUGUAAGGAAGAGCGGACUCUGCCUCCUGACACAGGAGACUGCGAUGUGAAGACUUUAUCUAACUCUCCAAUCAGAAAACAAAGAAACUGUUUCAGUUGGUCGGGAAGUUUGGCCAAAGGCAGCAAAACACCCCAGAGCCUCUCUCCUUCUGUGCUCUCUCUCCAAAGGUUUCAACGCAGUAAGCCCGUUCUAGAGUCCAGCACUGGGGAUACAAAGACCGAUGUGACAAAUCCAAGUAGUGCAAACUGCGACCAAACAAAUCAUGCCUCUUUCCAUUGUGACCUUCCCUUCGUUUCCUCCGCAACGACUAAUACAUUAUCUGCUUUGGAUAUUGAAGACUCCAGCUCAGAAGAACUUGAAAACAUUGAGGAGUCGUCUUGUGCGUUCAGUUUGAAAGUGUCUCCUGUCCACCAGACUGCUUUCCCCGAGAGGAACCCCACUCCAAAACACAAGGUGCCUGGACUGCUUAAACCAAAGACUUUGGAUUCACGCUCUGGUACAAAAGUGAGGCCACUGGCAGCGGCAAAGGCCAGCGGUUUGAGUAGCAGGGCAAGAACUUCACUCAACAAUGAAAACAAGCCAGGUCUGCAAUCCACCAUCAAUGACCUAUGGAAAAACUUCAGCUUUAAAAAAAACUAAGGAGACUUCAUCGAGCACAUCUGAUGCACGAAGACUGAAAGAAACAGCUGGUGACCAACAUACUCAUUCACUUCCGGCCAUUGGUCGUUGUCUCUCUUUAGCGAUACUAUAGAGAACUUUUAGAUCUAUAUACAGAAAUUUCUGUAUUUUUGGUAAUGGUGGCUGAAGUCUUUUAUUACACCAUUUUAACCAUAUUAAUUUACUACAAUAAAAUGUAACAGUCCACAAAAUGUGACUGUAUGAGAUGCGCUUUUGAGGACACCUGGUAUUGAGUGAAGUAGGAACCUAAAUAUCCCCCACCCAUUUGAACAGUGGAAGAAACGGGAUUUGUUAGUUUCAUUGCUCAAUUUUUUUUAAUCUAUGUUCAUCCCAAUGAAGAUUGUAUGCUGCCACAGAUAGUGUAAGAUUGGAUUAAUGCAUCCUGUGAAUCUGUGUAAAGAUCACUGCACGUUUGGAGCAUGCAAAGUGAUGCUCACAUGGAAUGAUUUAAAUCAAGUAAAGAACUUGAUGAAGCUGCUGGGCACUCCAAAAAUGUGAUGGAGUGGAAAAAAAAAUAUAUAUAUUGCAUACAUUCCCAUAGAAUUUUAUAAAAUGAAAACAUCUGCUUCUUAUGGGUUGUGGCAGAUUUUCUAGGUAACCUGCUGUCAAAAAUAACCCAUGCAGUUUGUUAUUAAAGGACAACAUUGAUACUUGUGCUGAGACUGAAUCCAGCCGUCCUGAAGUUAGUGACCUCCGAACAGUAGAAUUAUUCUUGUGUCAACUUCCUGGUGAUGCCUUUCAUGAAACUGGGAGGGUUAUUACUGGGAUAGCCAUCAACAAAUUCUGUGAUGUCACAAUGAGGUACUAGUGACAAUAACGAUUUUCAUUUUUGUGUGUUUGGUGAUAGGCGUAUUUCUAUAUAACCGCUUCAUCUCUGCUGUGGUGUAGAAAAUCUGGUAGAAGUAGCCUACUACUCAUAAGAUCCAAACCAAACUCUCAGCAGGAGAGGGAUGUUUAACUGAUGAAUUGCCUAGUGGCAGAUUCAAUUGUGUUCCACGCCACCUGCUGGCCAUCUAAAGGAAUGGGCAUCUAUCGGAAACGCCCAUUAGCUGAGCGGUCAAUUUUUUGUCUCGCAGCCGCAGGAGGUGAAAGAAAAAUGUGUUAAAGUCCAUCAUUUUGGGCGCCCAGAUCCAGACUUUGGCCGCCUAUUCAAGCUCUGCGUGUCUGAUCGGAGAAAAACAAUUGAAUAGCUCCGAUAGACGUCCAUUGCUAUAGACCAGUGGUUCCCAAACUUGGUCCUCAAGUAUCCCUAACAGUUCAUGUUUUCCAGGUGUCCUAUCAGUUGAACAGGUGUAUUCAUUACUCACUGACACAUUUUAAAAGACCUGCAGGUGGAGCUAAUUAUUUAUUUAAGUUGCAAUCCUGUGAGGAGACCUGGAAAAUAUGAACUGUUGGGGGUACUUGAGGACCGAAGUUGAGAACCACUGGUAUAGACACCUAACGGUGCACAGGAAACAAAUGUAUCACAUUUUACUGUCACUUUUAUGGAAUGUUUCUACAGCGACUAUCCAUUUGUAUAAAUUUGUAGAUAAACUGUAAAAUAUGUGCUGCUUUUUGUAUAUUCCAUAUGUAAUAAAAAAAUUUUUUUACUGUUGUGUUUACAA